AGGUUCUAUAUUUUCACUCCCAGCUGCGUGGCGCGUCACUGCGCCUAAUUAUUAUUGUUAGUGCAACAGGUCAAAGUCUCAUCUCGCGAGCUUGUGACGAAGCACUGAAUGAGAGCGGGCGGUCAGGGUCAGAGGAGCGGGAUACUUAAACAGCAAUCCCAGACUGCGGCCGUGUUAGGAGAAACUGUUUCUGCCGGAUACUAGGGAGAAACUUCUCUACCUGUUAGGAACCUGUUGAUGCUAUGGAAACAAUAGAAAGAUUCCAGGAUGCAGGAUACCAGCGGACAAGCAGGGCAGAAUCUGGACCUUCUCAGAAAAGUGUUUUGUCACACACAGAGUGGCAAACCCCUUUAGUAUCUGGUAAAGCUGUUAGCAGAUUACCUACUCGAUAUGGGUUCAUAAGUAGUAGCGACCAACAGUCUGGGACCUCCUGUCCUGAAGGCAUGCAGGACUUUUGUAAUGCUAGUGGAAACAUGGCAUUCCAGCCAAUCCGAAGACAAGUCACUAUCCCUACAGCACAUGUCAUGCCUUCUACCCUUGGCACUCCUUCAAGUAACACAAAUGAAUGUUUUGGAUCUGUUCUUCCUAAAGACUCUGCAUUGCAUGCCUACUCAAGUGUAGCUCCUCCAGAACACAAUAUAGCAGAUGAUACUAGGAAAUUUGAAACGCCCAAUAUAGAACCAACGCUGAACCAGUCUGGCUUACUGAAUGCAUUUUGCACAGACCACUGUCCAAGUGCUUCCACAGGCAUAGUCCAUGCAGAUACUGAACCAUAUGGUGCUCUGCCUGAGAUAAGAUCAACUGGAAAAGGGGAAUUUACAUGCAAGACAGGACAAUAUGCCCUGUAUCAAAACAGUCAUGGGUGGAAACCUGAGCAGUACAGUCUGCAACCAGGUGCUGAAAUUAGUGCUUGGCGACAUCGGCAAGAUUCUGAGAACAUGAGACUAAGAAUGGAACAACUCCAGUUGGCGAGACCCUGCCCCCCAACACCUGUUUAUGGUUUAGGGCUGCAAACUGAUCCUGGCCAGUGGGAAAGAAUCCUUAAGACAAGAGAAGGUGUCUUCUUGGAGAAGGAAGUGCUGUUGGAGAGACAACGGCAGCAUAUUUUUCAGCUGGAGCAAAAGCUAAGAGGGAAUGAGGUACAAGCACACAGCACUCUACUGAGCCAAACCAGCCCGUAUAACGACAUGUAUAUAAUAAAAAUGCAGGAACUGCAGAGGGAGGUAACUUUCCUGCGAGCACAGUUUGCGGAAAAGUUUGAUUCUUCUAGUACCGAGAAAGCAGAGCUGGAAAAGAAGUUGAAUGCUGGCGAAGCAGAAAGCAGAAGCUUAAGAGAAGCAAUGAAGGAGGCUGCACAGAAACAUACUGAGGAACUAAGGAAGCAGGAAGAGCGGGUGAAGGGAAGGGACAGACAUAUAAACUCUCUGAAGAAGAAAUGCCAGAAAGAGACUGAACAAAACAAAGAAAAACAACAGAGGAUUGAAACGUUGGAAAGAUAUUUGGCUGAUCUUCCCACUGUCCAAGACCACCAAAAACAGACCCAAGAGCUUAAGGGUCUUCAGGAGAAAAGUAGCCUCUUGCAGGAGCAAGUUAGUGAACUGGAAAAGAGUCUUACAGAGAUCAGAAAUUUAAACCGAGAAAAGGAGACCCAGCUGGCAACAGAAAAGCGCCGGGGACAGGAGUUGAUGAGUACUAUAGGCAGUUUAAAGGAGGAGAUAGAGUGUUUUAAGCAAACAGACGUGGGAGAGAAAGAAAAACGUUUGACUCAGGAGUCCGAAGAGCUCCGACAAGAAGUGCUGUCUUUACGGAAGGAGCAGGAGUGUCUGAGGAAGGUGAUGGAAAGCCAAAAGAAAAAGAUAGAACAGAUGAGCAGUAAAGUGAAGGUCCUUGAAGAACAGGUGGCACAAGAAGAAGGUACUGGUGAUGCCCUUAAGGUAGAAGUACAGAGGAAAGAAACUGCUCUGCAGCAACUACGGGCAGCUGUGAAAGAGCUUGCAGUGCAGAAUCAAGACUUGAUGGAGCAAAAUGUGACUCUUCAGGAGAGAUUGCGUCAGACUAGGGGAGCUGCACAACCGGCUGAAUUGGAAGCUGGGACAAUCAUCACCCUCUAUAGUGAGCUGAAUCUCUGCCUGAAGGACCUGAGAUCCAUAUGUACUCUUCUUAGUCAGAGAAUGGAGGGAAGAGACCCCAACCUGUCUUUACUCCUGGGGAUACAUUCUGCUCCACAUGUUGAAGAUGAAGAUGGGGCAAGUGAUUCAUUGUCUUUGGAUAAACAUCUGGAUGCAGUGCGGCGUCUGAAAAGAGAGAUUGAGGACUUGAGAACCACCAUAAGUGACCGUUAUGCACAGGAUAUGGGUGAUAACUGUAUCACACAGUAAGGAAACUGUACACUGAACAUUUUGCACAGGAUUCACACAGACUGUAAAAGAUGCAUCUUUGUGAGUACUGAAAAUCCAUCCGGCUCUGAAACCUGCAUACAAAAUAUGUGACAGCUAAAAGAUCAAAGUGCCUUUAUGUAUGAACAAAACCUAGAAGAUAUGAGCUGCACGUCCACUUGCAAGAUUCUGUGGUCGGAGUGGACAUUCUAACCCUUUGCACAUUUAAUGACAGGAAAAAUGCACUUGUGUGGGUAAAACCCAUUGUUUGUCCCUGGACUGUAUGUUUAAAAAUAGGAAUCCAGAAUGUGUCCCACCUGGAAUGAAAAAACUGUAUUACAGCUCUUGCUGCCCUUGGGCUUACUGUGUAUUGUGUUGCAUUAUUGAAUUUAUCAUGUUGCUUUGGAGAUAAGUCUCACUGGCAACUGCUGCUCAUUUAGUGCCUUCAAAUAACUUAUUGGCUGAUACACUGAGCUCUAUUUAAUACUGGAUAAAAGACUCUAUACUGUUUUGACAUUACAUUCAUGUCUGAGGGAUCACAUGCAGUACUGUUUGCAAGCCACGUAUUGGCUUUUGACUGGUUAUUUAUAAAUUAAAAUGCUGUAUAUCUGUUUUGAAUGCUUUUGUGUUUUAACAUUAAAAUAAUAAACUAAUGCAAACUUUCAA